CACGUCUUCCUCCCCCUUCUUUAGUUUUUCUUUUUAUUUGAAUUUGUUUUUUUCUUUCUAUUAUACAUAUAGUAUGGUCUUAGUAACUCAAGCUUCAUGGUCUCUACCUUGUAUUCUUGCUGCUAUUCAAUUAGUUCAAGCUUCUUCUUCUACUAUCAAGGGUGUUGCACCUGAAAAAAUUGCUCUUUAUCAACCUGAUAGACAACAAAACUGGAAGUGCUUAGACGGCUCCAAGACCAUCCCGUUUAAAGCCAUCAAUGACGACUAUUGCGACUGCCCUGACGGAUCCGACGAACCAGGUACUUCGGCAUGUCCCAAUGGUUAUUUCUACUGUGAAAACAAAGGUCACUUACCAGGAUAUAUCAAAAGUUGGGCAGUCAACGAUGGUGUUUGUGACGAAGCUUGCUGUGAUGGAUCGGAUGAAUAUAAUGGUCUGAUUCAGUGCGCUAAUCGAUGCAAAGAAAUGGCUCAGGAAUAUGAAAAGAUACAAGCUGAAAUCCGUCGAUUGAACAAUGAAGGUUAUGCUGUCAAAGAAAAAUUGAUCCGAGAAGCUGAAAUGACAGUGCGUGAAUGGUUAGAAGAAAAAUCAAAAUAUGAAGAUGCUUUGGCUGCCAAACGUGGCGAAUUAGAUCGAUAUGAACGUGAGGUGAAAGCUUUAGAAAAAGAAGGAAAGCAACAUACAACCACGAGUGAAAAACAAUCUCAUGCUUGUAAACAACAUAAUAGCGCCCGACAGGAAAUCUUGGAGAAUCGUGUGAAACAAUUACGCGAAGAAAUUGAUACAUUAGUAUCCAUCUUGCACGAUUUGAAGCGGGAUCAUAACCAUAAUUAUCAUGAUAUGGCCGUCAAAUCAGCUAUCACCGGUUAUGAUGAAUUCCUACCAAGAUAUGAACAAUUACGUGGCAAUAUGGAAGAAGACUUGGAUGCUACUAUUGUGGUCGAUGAUGAUGGUGAUGAUGGUGAUGAUGAUGAAGAAAAUACCUUUGAAAAUGAAGAAUACCAACAAGAUGCAGCUGAAGAUACAGGUAAGCAAGUGAAGACAUUGACUAGAAAAGUAUUGGGCAAAUUGGAUACACUUCUUCCUUCUAGUUGGAAAGAUCGAUUCUUCUCUUUCGAACAAAGGGAUGAUGGGAAAACUAUUUCAGAAUUAGAUAAAGUACGUCAAGUACGGGAUGGAUUGGAUGUUGAAGUCAAAGGGUUGGAAAAUCAACUACGGGAUGUUAACGACAAGCUGAACUUUGAUUAUGGCAAGGAAAAGGAAUGGCUAAAGUUGAAAGAUACUUGUGUUGAAAAAGAUGACGGAGAAUAUAUUUACUCGUUAUGUAUUCUUGGAGGGGCUAAUCAAAAGUCGCAUAAAGAUGGAAGCAAUAUCAAUCUUGGGUAAAUAGAUAACCUUAUUACGAACGAUCAUGAUGACUUAUUAUUUAUUAUUAUUUAUAGUCAAUUUGAAAGUUAUGUUGGUGAAGGUGAUGAUUUAUAUAAGGAACAUGUACAUACUCAUGGAUUACGAUGCUGGAAUGGUCCUGAACGUAGUGUACGAGCUAUCUUUGAAUGUGGUGGAAUAACUGAAAUCUUGGAUGUCAUGGAACCUGAAAAAUGUGAAUAUCAUUUCCGUAUGCGAACACCAGCUGUAUGUCCAACUCCUGAUGAUGAGAAUAAGUCUGAACCGAAAAUCAAACAACAUAUUCAUGAAGAAUUGUAGAUAUCAGUUAGUUAGAUAUGAUUGAUUCUUUUUUUUUUUUUCUCUUGUUGGUUUUGAAAUAAAGAUGGUCUUUUUUAUGAUAUCAA